AAAAUGAUGGAAUGAGCGAUGAGGAUAUAAUUAUUAACGAAUAAUCUUUCUGGCCGCCGGUUACGAAACGACUUCAUCUUUGUUGUCAAUGGCGACACACUCACUAGCUGCGUAUCCAGACUGCCAGAACCGACUUUCUUCGGAGAUCCAUGACGUCAUUGGUCAGAGAGAUGACGCUAUCAGUUAUGAUAAAAUUCUGAGUAUGGAAUAUUUGGAUAUGUUUCUCCAAGAGACAUUGCGAAUGUAUCCGCCAGCGGGACGCUUUAACCGUCAACCAAAUCAAGAUGUUGAGAUAAAAGGACUUAAAUUACUUAAAGGGGAAGAUGUAACGUUUUCUACGCAUGCGCUCCAUAGAAAUCCGCUUUUCUGGUCGGAACCGGAUAGAUUUGAUCCCGAGAGGUUUGCUUCUCACAGCAAAGACGCCAUUGUUCCGUACAGUUUUAUUCCGUUUGGUGCUGGUCCGAGAAAUUGCGUUGGGAUGAAACUGGCGUUAGCGGAAGUGAAGAUGGCAAUUGUUCGUCUGCUGCAACAUUCACGUAUUGAAAGGUCUCCUAAUUUUAGCGUACCUCCGGAAAUAACUACUAAAGGGGGAAUUCUUAGACCAAAAGAUGGACUCUUUGUUAAAGUGGUUAGACGAUAGAGCGAGCGUUACGAUUCUUUUGUUUCAUGCUUGUGUGAAAUUCAGUAUAGUGCAUUUUAAUCGACCUCGCGGGGCGGGGUUUCGCGACAGUCCGCUGCAUUAUUACGCAGGCUAUGUAGUAUAUUUGGCAAUCUGAUUUCUUAUGCCUUGGCCAUCUACCUUAAAUCGUAACCACUGUAGCUGUACCUACUUUGCUCGUUUUUUUGAGAUUAUAAUUAUUUGCAUAAGCAAAAAAUUAACUCUGCCCCGCCAGGUCAAAUAAAACGCACUAUAAUAUUUUAGUAUUUGGCUUGUUUUCUAUGCUUUUAUUUUUAGACUGUUUGAAUAAUGACAAAAAGACUGGUCUCGUAUUCAUUAUUCUCUUUUCAAAUAAGGAAUAAGGAACUAAUUCCUGUAAAAUGAUAAGAAGAAUAUGUUAGAUCAUAAGAUAAGCAUGUAAGCCGGAGAAGAUAAGAUGAUAUUAUUUUACCAGAUUUAUAUACCGCCUUUUUCAUGAUAAACACGCUAAAAAGCGCUUUACAUAGCGCAAGCGCAGCCACACAUUGCGCGAAAUUCAUCCUCUACUAAUACAGACACAAAGAGAUCUGAACAGAGGAUAAGAGUGAGAUAAAGCCCCCAGAACAAAUAGAGAGAAAUCCAUUUUAGAUACAGGCCUGGCUGGCUAACUUAGCAUAGCUCUUUGCGAAUAGACAGUCUGGUUCUCGGUGUAUAGCAACGAUACACGCGAAGCCGUCUUUCCUGGGAAGAACCAGUACAGGCCUCUUAGAUCAUAAAACAAAAACAAAAAAUAGAACAGAAGAAUGAAACCACAACUAUUUUAUCUGCAGUUAAGAUCAAAUGUUGAAGUAACUGACAACAAUCAGAUUUGCUAGUGAAACAAUAAAUGUCAGUGCUGUCCUACAAUU